GAUAGCCGACGCCAUUUUGCAACUCAUCGUUUGUGCAUUUUAACUCUAAAGUGUGUUUGUGCUAUCAAUUUUAAACAAUAAUUUACGCUCGCAGGCAAAACGUGUUGAAUAACAAUUGGGUGUUUGUGUGUACCGGCAGCAGAUCGAGUUUUGUGGCAGCAGCGCAUUAGCAGCCCGAAGAAAGCAAAGGCAUCCCGAUAGAGAGACUGAGAAUGAAGCGCGAAAUGAACGAUGCAGGGGAGGGACCACAGGACCAGAAGCGUAACCGCCGCAACGAGGAGACAGUGCGCAUACUGAUACCAAGCAGUAUUGCUGGCGCUGUGAUCGGCAAGGGAGGACAGCACAUUCAAAAGAUGAGGACUCAGUAUAAAGCCACUGUGUCUGUCGACGAUUCCCAAGGCCCCGAACGAACCAUCCAAAUCUCGGCGGAUAUCGAGUCCACUUUGGAGAUAAUCACCGAAAUGCUGAAAUAUUUUGAGGAGCGCGAUGAGGACUUUGAUGUGCGCCUACUCAUCCAUCAGAGCUUGGCCGGCUGCGUUAUCGGCAAAGGUGGACAAAAGAUCAAGGAGAUACGCGAUCGCAUUGGAUGUCGCUUCCUCAAGGUCUUCUCAAAUGUGGCGCCCCAGAGCACGGAUCGUGUGGUGCAGACCGUGGGCAAGCAGAGCCAGGUCAUCGAUGCGGUGCGCGAGGUGAUCACUCUCACGCGGGACACGCCCAUUAAGGGCGCCAUACACAACUAUGACCCCAUGAACUUUGACCGCGUCUACGCGGAUGAAUAUGGCGGCUAUGGCACUGGCAGCGGCAGCACCCGGCCGAGUCAGCGCGGAAACAAUCGCAAUGGCGGUGGUGCUGGCGGUGCUGCAGGUGGAGCUGCCGGCGGUGGCAAUGGCGGCGGCGGCGGCUUUGGUGCUGGCGGUGCACGUGGCAAUGCCGGUGGCCGGGGCGGCGCUGAUCGCUUUGGUGGAGGCGCCGCUGGCGGAGCUACUGCUGGUGCUGGCAUGGGACAGCGGGACAAUCCGUUCAUCAAUCCCUGGGCCAAUGGCGGCGGCGGUGAUGUCGACGGUUUCGGCAACACGGGUGGCGGUGCAGGAGGAUUUGCGGGCAACAGCUUUGGUGGUGGAGCUGGCGGACCCUUUGGUGGCGGCAGCUUUGGCAACAACGGUUUCGGAGGCGCUGGACCCACAGACUUUGGCGGUAACUCUGGCAACUUUGGCCAGACCCAAGGAGCCACGGGACUGCCAAGUCUGGGUAGCUUUACCCAAAGCCAGGGCGGCACCAGUGGGCUGCCUAGUUUGAGCAGCUUUGGCCAGAAUACCGGAGGAGCAGGCGGCUUGGGCAAUGGCCUGGGUGGCGGAGGAAGUGCUAACAACGGCGGUGUAGGCGCCUUGGGCGGUGCUAAUGGCGCAGGCGGCUUUAAUGCCGGCGGUGGAGCCAAUGGCGGUCCGAAUGGGAGCCCGAAUGCUUCCACAAACAUACCGCAGGGCCAUGACCCCAACAACAGCACACAGGUCACCAUUCCAAAGGAGUUGGCUGGUGCCAUCAUUGGCAAGGGAGGCGGCCGCAUCCGUCGCAUUCGGAACGAGUCCAGUGCGUACAUAACCAUCGACGAGCCCCUGCCCAACUCGAACGAUCGCAUCAUCACCAUUUCGGGCACGCCCAAGCAAAUACAAAUGGCCCAGUAUCUGCUGCAACAGAGGUUGGUGUCGCAAUCAGACUAAGAACGUACACGAGAAUGGCAGGCGAAACAUUUAAGUGGGCAACGCAACUUGGAGCAGCAACAAACACGGGAAUAUAGAGCAACACCCACAACAAUAACCAUCGGGAUGUGCUGCUGCGUUUCACGUUUAAAAUUAAAUUUAC